AUGAGGGUGGUGCGCUCUAUCGCGCUAUACGGUGCGCCCGUGUGGUGCGACGCCCUGAUGGCCUCUGCAGAAAACUGCAGGCUCCUGGGGUCAGCGGAGAAUGGCCAUCAGGGUCGCGCGGGCGUACGGCACCAUCCCCUGAGAGGCGGCGUGUGUGUUGGCUGGCUCGACCCCCUGGGUGUGCUCUCCGAGCAUGGUUGCUUCGGAGAGUACCUGCACGAGAAGGUUGGGCGGGAGGCUUCCACUAAAUGCCACCACUGCCCGGAAGAGAGGGACACGGCGCAGCACACCUUAGCGGAGUGCCCCGCGUGGGCCGAAGAGCGCCGUGUCCUCACCGACAGGGUAAGGGUGGACCUCUCCCUCCCUGUUAUAGUAAGAAAAAUGUUGGAUGGGCCCGAGGGCUGGAACGCGGUGAACUUCUUCUGCCUCACUGUUAUGAGACAGAAGGAGGAAGCGGAAAGACAGAGGGAAAACAACCCCUUGGCUCCGCCGGAGAGAAGACGGAGGGAGGGGGAGACGGGGGAGAGUAUACCUGCAGCAACAAUAGCAGGCCCUCCUCCCUCUUUACCCACCCUUCAGUGGGUAGGACAGGGUAGGAAGAGGGUAGGCUCCGCCGCCCUGCCCUCUAGAGUUCGCCGGUGUCCCGGCGACGAUACACUGUCGUCGCCAGGAGAGCCCGCCGGCGCGGCUCAUUGCUCCCCUCACCUGAGGGUUUGA